GUAGUUUUGCCAUUCGACGGUUUUUGAGGGAUACGGGAAAUCCAGAUUAUAACAAGUGAAGCCGGAGAUACAGCACACAUCGCCGGCCUGCCAUGACGCAAAACUCCGCUAGUAAGCUUCUAAACGGAUAUGCCUUACACCAGACGAAACAAGACAAGAAAGCGGGCGGGAAUGGGUUCGUGAAGAACCACUGCCUGUUCCAGCAGAAGCGAUACCGCCGCCCGGCGGAGAAGAACCAUCAUGCUUCAUGCACUUCGCUUUAUAAAAAGCCAUUUGUGGAGUCGUUUGAGGAGACGCCGCUGCUGGUUGCCGUCCUUACCUACAUGAGCUAUGGAAUCCUUACCAUUUUUGGCUAUCUGCGAGAUUUCCUGAGGGACUGGAAGUUUGAGAAGUGUCAUCUGGCCAGAGAGAGAGAAGUACAGAAGGAUUUUGUUCCACUGUACCAGGACUUUGAGAACUUCUACACUAGGAAUCUGUACAUGAGGAUCAGAGACAACUGGAACAGGCCCUUAUGCAGCGUCCCUGGAGCCAAGAUGGACAUCGUCGAGCAGGUCACACAUGACUACAACUGGACCUUUAAAGACACAGGGAAUAUUAUGAAAGAUGUUCUUAAUAUGGGCUCAUAUAACUACCUCGGCUUUGCUGAGAAUACCGGCGCAUGCGCUGAUGCUGCCUCUGAGUGCACUAUGAAAUAUGGCGUGGGGGUGAGCAGCACCAGGCAAGAGAUAGGAAAUCUUGACAAGCUUGAGGAGCUGGAGAAGCUGGUGGCCAGUUUUUUGGGGGUUGAGUCAUCUAUGGUCUUUGGAAUGGGCUUUGCUACAAAUUCUACAAAUAUUCCUGCACUCACAGGAAAAGGCUGUCUGGUCUUAAGUGAUGAGCUCAAUCAUGCAUCUCUGGUUCUGGGUGCCCGUCUCUCUGGCUCUACCAUCCGUGUAUUCAAACACAACAACAUGCAAAGUCUGGAGAAGUUGCUACGGGAUGCUAUCGUGCACGGCCAACCUAGAACCCACCGGCCCUGGAAGAAGAUCCUCAUUAUCGUUGAAGGAAUUUACAGCAUGGAGGGCUCAAUAGUGCGACUUCCUGAGGUCAUUGCCCUAAAGAAGAAAUACAAAGCCUACCUGUACCUGGAUGAGGCCCACAGCAUCGGGGCACUAGGACCAAGAGGCAGAGGUGUGGUGGACUACUUUGGCCUGGAUCCAUCUGAUGUUGACAUCAUGAUGGGCACUUUCACCAAGAGCUUUGGUGCUGCUGGAGGAUACAUUGGAGGAAAGAAGGAGCUGAUUGAUUACCUCGGCUUACAUUCUCACAGUGCAGUUUAUGCUACCUCAAUGUCCCCACCCAUCGCCCAGCAGAUUAUCACUUCUAUGAAGUGCAUUAUGGGAGAGGAUGGCACCACAUUAGGUCAGGAAAGACUUUGUCAGCUGUCAGAAAACACAACCUACUUUCGCAGGAGAUUACAUGAGAUGGGCUUUAUCAUCUAUGGGAACAAUGACUCCCCUGUUAUACCCUUGAUGCUCUACAUGCCAGCUAAAAUCGGAGCAUUUGGGCGGGAGAUGAUGAAGAGGAACAUUGGGAUAGUGGGGGUUGGGUUCCCCGCCACACCCAUCAUUGAGUCCCGAGCACGAUUUUGUGUUUCUGCCGCCCACACGAGAGAGAUGCUCGACAAAGCUUUAAAUGCCAUCAGUGAAGUUGGAGAUCUAAUCCAGCUGAAAUACUCCAGAAAAAACAGACAUGGGAGUGAAGGAACUGACUGUUUUUCAUUUCUGGAGAGCCACCAGGAUUAGCACUUUCUAAUGAUGGAUUGAAUGUGUCUUUCUUCCACCCCAGAGCUAUUCAUGUCUAACUUAAGUGCCAUUUUCAUGUUGAUUUCAUUUUGGUGGACACUCAUUGAAGUCCACCAACUGACCAAAUUUCAUGUCUUACCUCUGGGUUCAGUAACUGAUAUUCAUUUCAUCAUGCAAUAUCAACUGUAGUAAGGAAUCCACGUCUCUGUGUUCAGCAUCAGAAAUGACACAGGAUAAAAGUUAAUGCUUUAGUGUCAGAGCUAAUUUAUCUAACCGUCUACACAGUCUGAAACAAAUGAGAGUACACUAAACAAAAUUGUUUUCUGAUAUUUUAUACAAAUAUUAUCAGUGUUUUUGUCUUGUUUUCCAUUAAAACGAGGUUAAUUUACUUGGGGUUACUCAGUCUUUUUUCUCCAUUUGGAAUAAAUGUUUUUCUAAUAAAUAAAGCAGAAUUCUUACAAAAUUUAGUGAGAUUUAUGCUUUAAACCAAAAAAAUAAAAUAAAAUAUGCCAUUGCCAAUGGAGGACAAUAAACAAUUCAAAACAUUUGAAGUCUAAUAUUAUACAGUUUAGUCAAACUUUAAGCUAAAUUUAAGGAAAUUUAGAUUUUUACUAGAAAACAAGACCUGAUAAAUCCUGAUAAGGAAAAUGUUUUUUGUUUUGUUUUCAGUGUACAAGAAAACAGUGACUCUCACACUGGCAGUAUACUUGUACAGCAAGUGUCAUCUUUUAAUGAGAAAUAAGCUUGGAAAAAAAUAUAUAAAUGCAUAAAAAAAAAAAGAGGAAUCUACUUAUGAAGGAGAGAAUUUAUUAUGGCUAAACAGUAAAUAAGAAUGUAACUUCAUAACCAUAUAAAUGUAUCUGUAAAAAUGUUGACAUAUUUAUUAAUGCACACUGCCGUGUCUUAACUCAAUACUGCAUUCACAUACUAGCUUUGCCACAAAUCUUCAAAUAUCAAAUUUUUAAUCUUUUUCAAAAUGCAAAUAUAAUUGUAUAGGUAUGUCUUAAUGAGCUUGUACAGAAGAAUACUGACAACAUUCUCUGUUUUCUGCUUUCUGUAUUUCAAUUUGAGUCGUGGUACUUUCCAUGAAUAGGGUACAGUUUGGUGUCCCUUAUCUUUAUACUUUUUUUUUAUUUAUUUUUUUUUUUUUAUAUAUAAAGCACUAGAGGAACAAAGCCCAUAUUGCUUGUAAAGAGAACUCUCCACACAUUAUUUGGACAAUUUUUACACUAAUUAAAAGCCAAAAAAUAGGUCAAAUCUCUCUUGGGUAACAAGUUGUUUUCAUUUAAUAUUUAUUGUUAGAAAAUAACAAUCACAUAAAUUCUGGGGUAUUAAACUUUAUAUAGACAUGUUUUGCAAAACCUCAUAAAAAAAAAAAAAAUUAUAUAAUAUUUAGUUUAACAUCCCUGGGUACAUAAACAUUUUCUGAAGGUUAAAAGCCUUACACUGGCCAUCUGUUUAAAAAUGCAUUUCAAGACAUAAUUUGUACUCUAUUUGUGGAAGGUGCCUUUAUGUCUUACUUGAAUAUCUGUUAUUUGCUGUCAGUUUGCAUAUCUCACGAAUAAGUAUGAUAUCUACACUUACUAAGUCUAUAAUGUCUUAGCCAGGGCAUUUCACAAAGGCAGAGAUCUUUCAUUGAGCCAUCAGAAAUAGACCGACGUUGUUCACUCAAUGUUUCAUUCUUUAUAUCUGCUGUUAACAGACAACAAAUGUGUUGCCUUUUGUAUUGUUAUAUAGUUGCUUUUGAUUUGCUCUUUUUAAGUCUUCUAACAAAAUUGCUAAAUACAUGUCACUGAUAUGAUAUGAAGAGCUCUUGUCUGUAUGUAUGAUGAUGUGGCUUAUGAAUGCCUGUCGGAUGUACCUUUUUUUUUUUUUUUUUUUUCUCCAUUCCCUUUUGUGUUCUUAAGUCUUGUUCUUAAUCGGAAAGGCAGCUCUGAAUGCAGAUGCAUGUAAGUGGGACUGUGUGACUUCAGAGCUACUAAUGACUGUUAAGAGAUGCAGAUAUGACGUUGGCACAUUGGCUUUAAGCAGCCUGUAUAAAUGCAAGUAAUGCCGCCGAGCUGCAUUUGACUGUGAAACCAAAGGGCAUUCCAUAAUUUGUUUGUUUCUCGUACAUUCUGACUUGCAGUUUUUAUCAAAUAUACAUAUACUAUCACAUUUGUCACGCUUCUCCAUGCAAGAAACUGAAAUUCACUGAAUGUGACUGAUCAUUUGUUUCUGAAGAUAAUUAAAUUACUUAUCUUGAA